AAAAAAAGAAAUCAUUGAAUUUGACAAAAGAUGGGAAAAUGUGGACGAUUUCCAUUACAUUGGACGUUGUAUUUUUAGGUUUUAUUUCCGUUUCUAAUUGUGAUAAGUAAUUAAUAAAGUGCUAAAUGCCUUUUGUAACAUCAGAACUUCUUGUUAUUAUUCAAGUGUAUGUACAAACUAUAUAAAUAGACAAUAUAGUGGCAACCAUGUUCUCUGGCAAGGAUGCCGCUAAUCCUGCGUAUCCGACGCAGUGGGCUUUGAAUCCCAGUGCUUAUCAAAAUGUGGAUUCAAAUUCAGUAGAUUGGGCUGCUCUAGCUCAACAAUGGAUCGCUAUGAAGGAAGCCGCCGCUAUAAUAGCGGCGCCUCCGCCACCUUCAUCGAAGCCCGAUGCAGAGGAGGGCGAAGCACCGAUGGAGGUCGAAAACCCUGAUAAUACGGAAUCAGUGCCUACAGGGGUUGAGUGGAACUCCGGCAGUAAUUCCUGGGACAAUAAUUGGAACCAGUGGGGAUGGGGUUGGCCCGGUUCCGGAGGUGUGGAUUCUAAAAUGGUGCCAGAUUCAUCUAUAGCCAUGGCACCCAUGAUAGAUGGGUAUGCUAUGCCACCAGAUGGGCCUGCUGCUAUGCCUGGCUACACAACUGGCGUGCCAGCGCCGACGUUCCAGCACGGGUACUGGACGGCCCCGCAAGUGGCGCAGGACGCCAGCAGCCGCGACAGCAGCCGCAGCAGAGACCGGCGGUCCAAGAGCAAGAACCGCGAUCAUAAAUCUACUAGGACUUCUAGAACUAACAGAGAUAAGCCACCGAUCAUACCACCAGUGAUCGAACCAAUUAUUCCUCCGGCGACAUCCACUCCCACCAUAGAUGCAGCUAAACGCAGGCAGCUCCCCGCUUGGAUAAGAGAAGGUUUAGAGAAAAUGGAACGUGAAAAACAGAAAGCAAUAGAGAGGGAACAAGAAAAACUGGCGCGUGAAGAAGCAGAAAAACAGAAGAAGAAGUUGGAAGAAGAAGAGUUGGAGAGAAUGAAAGCGGAAGCAGGGGGGGAACCUGUGCCACCGCCAAAAAGCAAAUUUGAAUCAGAUUCGGAGCCCGAAAACGCAGUGAUGGAGUCUGAGUCAGAUCCGGAGCCGGAGCCGCAGGGCGAGGAACCGGCCGUCAAGGAGGAACCGGAACCGCAGCUCGUUAAGAAGACCAAAGAGGAUAUCAUGCAAGAAGUGAUGCUCACAGUGCGCCGCACUCUGACAGAAAUCCUACUGGAGGUGACUGACAGUGAGAUUCACUUGGUGAGCCAGGAGGAAAUGGCCCGGUAUACCGCCGCACAAGCGUCGCGCCUCAACGUGUUGAAAGCCAGCAAGUCCAAGGCUCUGGCCGCCAUCGCCAGCGGACUCGGACUUGGCGCCUAUGAGAGCAGCAGCGAAGACAGCAACGGUGAAGACGACCAGAAUGAAAUCUCUGACCACCAGCUGCAGGAGCUGAUCAAGCGCAGAAGGCAGGAGUUCGAGCGGACGGCGCGCGACAUCGAAGCCGAGGUGCGGCGCGCGGAGCUGCGCGAGGCGGGCGAGGACGCCACGCCCGCCGCCACGCCCGACAGGCCGCGAAGAUCUAGAUCAUCAGCGACGCCUCCGCCCAUCGAAACAGAAACACCAGAAAAACUUCCGGAACGCCGCCUCUCUAAAGACAAAAGGCCAGAAAAAAACAAAUCUAUCGACAAAGUAGACGGCAUUAAAAAGUUAGAUACGAUCUUUGAGGAGAAAACGAAAAAAAGUAAAAGGGACCACACCCUUAGUCCCCAAAAAAAUAGCAGCAAAUAUAACAAAACUAGUUCAGCCUCUUCUAGCGAUUCCGAAGCGGAUUCCUUGUCUUCCAGUAGUUCUUCGUCUGAAAGUGAACAGGGAGUGAAAAUUGAAAGUAAACGUGCCAAGAAACGUAAACGAAAGAACUCCAGUUCGAGCGAGUCAGCGAAGAAGUCGAAGAAACAUAAGGAGAAGAAAGACAAGUAUCAUAAAUCAGAUAGGAACUCAUCGAAAUCGAAACACGACGAUUACGAAAGAUCAGAAAAAUCAAAGUCAAGAAAGAAAGAUGAAUAUUAUGACAAGCACAAAUCAUCAAAGAGUAGAGAUUACGAGAGGUCGCAUAAAGAUAAAUAUAGAGAUGAGUCUGACGAUGAGAGACCUAGGAAACGUACGAGGAGAUCGCGGUCGGGAAGUUACGAAUCGCGGUCCGAGCGUCGGCGCUCGCGCUCGCGGCGACGGGACAAGAGGUCUUACGACAGGGAGAGUUCCAAACGGGAUAGGUCCUACGACAGGUCGGGCCGGGACUACGACAGACACGAUAGGUAUGAGCGGUCUAGGGACUACGACCGGCGGCGCUCGCGCAGCGGCAGUCACUCCCGACACCGCCGGUGAACCAAGGUUACACAUACGACAGGUUGUACAUAUUUUAUAUUAUUUUUACGGAACGCUUUGACUAAUAGUGAUACAUUACAUUGUGUCUUACUCGAUAGUUAUUCAUACUUUAAUAUUAAAGAUAACUUUGCCAUUUAUUGUUAUUAUAGAAGAGUGUUGUAUUUGAAUUGCAAACACGGUAUGAACGAAAAUAUCAAAAAUAUUCUAAUUGAUUAUUUUUUUAUCUAGCAUAAUUUUUUCAUUGGAGUCGUCACUAGCAGAAUUAAUUUUAAUUAAAAACAGACUUCCCACAUCUACCUUAUCUAUACAAUUAAUCUAACAAACAAUGUAAUAGUUAUAUUUUUUCUCUUGCAGGUCGAGACAAUUCUGCUUGCUUCAGGUGUAAAUAUUUGAGUAUUUGUGUAUAGUAUUUUAAUAUGCACUAACCUUAAAUGCAUUACCUAUUCCAAUAAAUUUUAUUUGACAGCA